ACCUCCGUGGCAGCCAGUGCACUUGCGGGGUGUAGGGCUCACUCUCAUCCGUCUGCUGUUGCCAUGGAAACCGCUCUAUUCGUGGCCGUCAGCUGCUUGCUGCUCCACUUGGGGGAUCAGUCCACGAUCCCCAGCUACAUCAGAGUUUGCAAGAGGUACGACCCCAAACUAAACGAUUGCAUCAUAAACUCCAUCGAAACGCUGCGGCCAUAUCUGCUGAAAGGUAUUCCCGAGUUGGAGGUGCCAUCCAUCGAGCCCCUCACCCUGCCCGAGGUCCUGGUUGCGCAGGGGGCCGGAAUCAAAGCCGUAGGCAAGAAUAUCAACAUCAAUGGACCGGGAAGUUUCGUCAUCAAGAAGCUCAAUGUUGACCUGGCCAACUACCAGGUGGAUAUCAGCGUGGACCUCCCUUACCUGACUUUCAAUGGAGAGUACGAGGUGAGCGGCAGGUUGCUGGUCCUGCCCCUCAAGGGGAAGGGACCCGUGCGGGCCAAUGCUACUGACUGCAAGGGCGAUGUCGUGCUGUAUGCUCAACUGGUGAAGAAAGCCGACGGCGAACAUUUGCGCUUCACUGACAUCGACAUGAAGAUCACCAUUGGAGGGUACCACGUGCGCCUUGACAAUCUGUUUAACGGCGACAAGUUCCUAGGUGAAGCGACUAACGCUGCCUUGAACGAGAACCCCAAGGAACUGAUCGCGUACUUGAAGCCAGUCGUCGAGAAGACAGUUAAGAAUAUCAUCCAGAAGAUAGCGAAUAAGAUCACACAACAUUUUACUCUUGAGGAACUGCUGCCUAAGAACUAGCUUCUUCCGUUUGCAAGAGAUGUGGAUGCUUCAGACGACAUUUGCUGUGGAAACUGCUGGACGCUGCUCAGUGCUGGGGUCCACGGCUCUUCGGAAGGUGGGCCUCUCAAUUGAAGAAUGUAGUUAAAAUUAUGUUACCCUCUGGAAUAAAAGCUUUGUUCUAAAGCCAAGUCCUUAGUCCAUAAAUUCCCUUUGUUUUACCGAAUCCAGAUAUUCGUUACCAUGGUUACAAGAGCCUGCUUCUGCCAUCAUGAGGCGUUAGGUUCGCUGUGUCCAUCACACAAAACAUUGCUUCAGGAACUUAGUCCGUUUCUGUCCUGAGAUGAUGAGAUCGAAGGGGGUGGGAUACCUGCUCUGGAGUGAGAUCACUAGAAACUUUAAAGAGAAUUCAUAUGAAAUUGCAUUCACGUAGAAUUCAUGAAUAUAAGAUGAAAUCAUAUGUGUUGGGGGAUGCCUGUAUGUCGAGUUGCCAAAUCAUUUUCGGCACUAAAUAAUACUCGUUGUUUAUGGGGCAUGAUUAAAUAAGGUGCGUGCUAAUUAAUCUUAAUUUCAUUCAUGGGACAGCUCCAGCUGAUGUAUUAACCGAAACGUGUUUCAUUCUUGCUGCACCUGCAGAUGAAUGCUUCACACUGGGGAUCCUAUCGUUACAUUGCUUGAUGACAGCUUAAGUACAUCGAUGUAUUGCGGUAGCUAGGUACUGGUGUUUCGGAGGAACAUUAUGCCUCCAUCUUCAGCGGUGUCACUUCCCAGAAGACCGUAGUUUUGAAAUUUCUCGCCACGAUGACUUCAGAUCUUACAUUGUACAUCAAUACAUCUGGAUGUGAAGUCGUGUAGUCUGGUAGUAUCAACAUUUUGUUUUCAGCAGUGUCACAGACCAUAAUUUUAAUGUUAGUUGUCAUGAGAACCUCGGAUCUCACAUGGUACAUCAAAAUUAUGAUCAUCUGGGACGUGACGCCGUGUCGCCUGGGAGAAAGGUACCAACAUCUUUGGCAUCAUCACAGAAGACGGUGUUUUUGCUUUUGCACAUUUUCUGUGCUACAGCUUAGCGGUGUCCUUGUUAAGUCGUUUUGUAUCUGCUUUUGUUGCAUCAUGUAGAACUGUAGACUGUUCUAGUUUUGUGUACCUGAUAAAUAAAUGUAUAUACUGCUAACCUGA